AUGAAGCAUUGGAAUGAGAUCGACGCGACUUUAAAUCGUCUCAUCGACGUCAAAAUCUAUUGUUCGACAAGAACAAAUCUUCGUGUUGUGAUUGGCAAUGUUCCCGGACCAAUGGUGUAUGGUUGCAUUUCAUUCGCUACUGAGGCUGAUAGUGACGACGGUCUUCCGCACACAUUGGAGCAUUUGGUGUUCAUGGGAAGCAAAAAGUAUCCAUUUAAGGGUAUUUUGGAUAUUAUUGCGAAUCAGUGUUUGGCGAACGGAACGAAUGCGUGGACGGAACGCGAUCACACCGCUUUUACACUGACAACGGUUGGAAGCAACGGAUUUUUCAAAGUUCUGCCAAUUUACAUCGAGCAUUUGCUUAAUCCAAUGCUUACGGAAUCUCAAUUCACCACCGAAGUCCACCAUAUUGAUGGCGAAGGAAACGACGCGGGCGUCGUUUAUUCGGAAAUGCAAGGAGCCGAGUCCGACAUGCAGGAGAUUAUAGUGCGAAAGGCCAAACAAAUGAUCUAUCCUUGUGGUCAUCCGUACGCCGUCGACACUGGUGGUCGAUUGAAGAAUCUGCGAGAAUCGUGCACAAUUGAAAAAGUGCGCGCCUACCACAAAAAAUAUUACCAUUUGUCGAACAUGGUGGUUACUGUAUGCGGAAAAGUAGAUCAUUCGAAAUUGUUGCAAAUCAUGGAAGACGUCGAACAGGAGCAUAUGGCAUCAGUUCCAGAAGUAUUCCCUCGUCCAUUCUCGAUUCAACCCUGCGAAAUCAAGGAAAGUAUUGUUGAAGUGAUCAGAUAUCCAUCAGACGAUAUUACAAAUGGAGCUGUUGAAUUAACAUGGCUUGCUCAUGAUUCCAGUGAUCUACACCACGAGACCGCAUUCAACGUGCUUUCUGAUUAUUUCACAAAGACCGCGGUUUCGGUAUUCAAAAAGGAUUUUGUGUUUUUAGAAAGCCCGUUGGCCAGUAGCGUUUUAAUGUGCACCGUCAACUCGGUUCCUUGUGAAGUUAGUUUACAGUUUUGUGGGGUUCCAGUCAGCAAGGUUGACGAGAUUUUGUCAAAAAUUAAAAAUGAGACGAUUCCCAACCAUUUGGAGGCAUCGACGUGGGACAUGGAGCGAAUGGGAUUUCUGAUUGAUCAGAACAUUCUAGAAUUGAAAAAUAAGUUGGAAACGAGUCCACAAAAUAUUAUAAUGGAGAAGGUGAUUCGAAAUCAAAUAUCGGACAACGACGAAGAAUUGCUUAAAAUGAGAUUAUUAGAGAUCGAUUACUUACGAUCAUUGAAAUCACAACCAGCCGCCUUUUGGAUUGAGCUUCUCCGAAAAUACUUAUUAAAGCCAUCAGUGUGUGUAGUGGCAAUUCCUGAUGGCGAGCUUGUGACAAAGGUAGCAGAGGAAGAACGAAAACGAAUUAUUAAUCAACGAGAACGACUCGGAGAGAGCGGAUUGCUAAAGAAGAAAAACGAACUCGACGAAGCGAUAAAGGAGAAUGCGUCGCAACAUCCGACGCACGAGCUCCUUGAUAAGCUGAUGGUGAAGGAUUUGGAGGAUUUCGAUCGAUUUCCUGUUCAAUCGCUGACCAAAGAUUCGGCCGGUUUGACAUCAAUUCAAGCCAAAUUCUUGUCGCAAUUCCCAUUCGAUGCUACACUUCACAAUUGCCCAACGAAAUUCGUUGAAGCAAUAUUUCUCCUGGAUUCUGGAGACCUCAGCCUUGAACAAAGAUGUCUUCUUCUUCUUUUCACCGAUCUUCUGUUUCAAUCUCCCGCCGUAAUCGACGGAAUCCAGCAAUCAGCGGAAGACGUCGCAAAACUCUCAACAAAACAUUUGAUUGAUCAUUCGGUCAACGUCGGCGUCUCGAAUCAGUACAACCGAUUCGUUAGUUUGACGCUAAAAGUCGAAACUGAAAAUUUUGAAAAUUUAUCAAAAUGGGUUCAAAUCUUUCUUCAGGGCGUCAUUAUCGAUGGCAGUCGGGUUAACAUGGUGGCUCAACGUCAAGCAUCAAUGGCGAAAAAUAAAAAAAGAGAUGGAAGUGCGGUGGCGCAAUUCGCGUUGAAAUAUCUCAAUUUCGAGAAAAAUUCGAAUUCUAGCCUUUAUAAUUGCAUGCUAUUAGAACAUUGUUAUGAGAAUAUAGCAAAAGAAGCUGUGGAAAAUCCGAAAAUAGUAAUUCAGAAGCUCGAAGAUCUUCGACAAGCACUUUUCACCAAAGGAUUGAACGUUCAUAUUGUCUGCGAUGUAGAUUUGAUUGACGAGAAGCUGAUGACAUUAGAUCUGUGGCAAUGGUAUCAAAAGGAUUUCCGAUUCGGAAUAGGCGAGAAGUUCUCGUGUUCACCUGGCGAGGAUAACAAAUCCACCACUGGAAGCGGAUAUCUCAUCGGAAUCGGCGGAUCGGAAACCUCGUUUAUUAUUCAAUCAACAACGAUUGAUUCCGAUUUUAAUUCUGAGGACAUCGCGCCAAUAAUGAUCCUUGCGCAGUACAUGAGUCAAUUUGAAGGACCACUUUGGAAUGCAGUUCGUGGAGAUGGACUAGCUUACUCUAUAAAAAUCAAUGUAUUCCCUGAUGACAAACGAAUUUUCCUUGUGUUAUACAGAUGUGCACAACCAAUAAUGGCUUAUGAGAGAACAAAAUACACUGUGAUGAAUUUAAUAAACAGUGGUGCACUGAAACAAUCGGGAUUUGAAGGAGCAAAAAGAUCAUUGAUAUACAAGCUACUGGAGAAAGAAGAGAAUAUUGUUGAAGCUGGGAGGAAUAGUAUUCUCAAUAGUUUGAGAAAAGUGCCGCCCAAUUUCACCAAAACAUUGUGCGAAAACAUUUGGAAUACUUCGGUUGAAGAAGUUCUUAGAAUUGGUGGACCGAAAGUUUUAAAAUUAUUCGAGAAAUAUAAUUAUGUGAUAACUGCGCAUCCGUUGAAGGUUCCCGAAAUGGUGAAAGCAUUUCCUAAUAUUCGAGCGAUUGACUUUUCUGAAAUACAAUAUGUAUAA